GCGGGCGGGCAGCUAGAGUGGGCGCGAUCGCCGCCGCCGCCGCCGCUGCCGCCGCCGCCGCCGCCGCCGCCGGCGCCUCCUCUGCCCGGGCCGUUCGCUGUGCGCGGGGAGAGCGAGGCGGGGCCGCCAUGGAGCCGGACUCCGUGAUUGAGGACAAGACCAUCGAGCUCAUGUUACCGAAGUGCAUGUUUGGGAUUUUGUUGAAGAAAGCUGGAUACAGUAAACGGAAAGAAUCUUGGAAGAUGAUUGACUGCUGUCUUUUCUCAGACUAGUCUGAAAGGGAAUGCCCCCAUUCAUUCUGGAUUGGUGGAUCUGAAGUACAAAAUAUUUUCCAGAACACUUCAGUUAUGGAAGAUCAAAAUGAAGAUGAGUCCCCAAAGAAAAGUACUCUUUGGCAGAUAAGCAAUGGAACAUCAUCUGUGAUCGUCUCCAGAAAGAGGCCAUCAGAAGGAAACUACCAGAAGGAAAAGGACUUGUGUAUUAAAUAUUUUGACCAGUGGUCUGAAUCAGAUCAAGUGGAGUUUGUGGAACACCUUAUUUCACGAAUGUGUCAUUAUCAGCAUGGACAUAUUAACUCUUACCUGAAGCCCAUGUUGCAGCGGGACUUCAUUACAGCGUUACCAGAGCAAGGCUUAGAUCACAUAGCAGAAAAUAUUCUUUCCUACCUGGAUGCCCGGUCUCUGUGUGCAGCCGAGCUGGUAUGUAAAGAAUGGCAGCGAGUGAUCUCAGAAGGAAUGCUUUGGAAGAAGUUGAUUGAAAGAAUGGUACGCACUGAUCCUCUAUGGAAAGGGCUGUCUGAACGAAGAGGGUGGGAUCAGUAUCUAUUUAAAAACAGACCCACAGAUGGCCCUCCCAAUUCAUUUUAUAGAUCCUUAUACCCAAAGAUUAUCCAGGAUAUAGAGACUAUAGAAUCUAACUGGCGAUGUGGGCGCCAUAACUUACAGAGGAUUCAGUGCCGCUCUGAAAAUAGUAAAGGAGUCUACUGUUUACAGUAUGAUGAUGAAAAAAUUAUCAGUGGCCUGCGAGAUAAUUCUAUUAAGAUUUGGGAUAAAACCAGUCUGGAAUGUUUGAAAGUGUUAACAGGACACACAGGCUCUGUCCUCUGUCUCCAGUAUGAUGAGCGUGUCAUUGUAACUGGCUCUUCAGAUUCUACGGUGAGAGUGUGGGAUGUGAAUACAGGUGAAGUUCUGAACACACUGAUCCAUCACAAUGAGGCUGUACUGCACUUACGCUUCAGCAAUGGAUUGAUGGUGACUUGUUCCAAGGACCGCUCCAUCGCUGUGUGGGACAUGGCUUCUGCCACUGAUAUCACUUUACGCCGUGUCCUGGUUGGACACCGUGCUGCUGUCAAUGUAGUAGACUUUGAUGACAAGUACAUCGUGUCUGCUUCUGGAGAUAGGACCAUCAAAGUCUGGAGCACUAGUACCUGUGAAUUUGUUCGUACUCUUAAUGGGCAUAAGCGAGGUAUUGCCUGCCUCCAGUACCGGGAUCGGCUAGUUGUUAGUGGAUCAUCGGAUAACACUAUCAGGCUAUGGGAUAUCGAAUGUGGUGCCUGUUUAAGAGUUCUGGAGGGACAUGAAGAGUUGGUCCGAUGCAUUCGGUUUGACAACAAGAGGAUUGUCAGUGGUGCCUAUGAUGGGAAAAUUAAAGUUUGGGAUCUGCAAGCUGCUCUUGACCCUCGAGCCCCAGCAAGCACCCUGUGUUUGCGCACUCUGGUGGAACAUUCUGGACGAGUAUUUCGGCUGCAGUUUGAUGAGUUUCAGAUCAUCAGCAGCUCCCAUGAUGACACUAUUUUGAUUUGGGAUUUCUUAAAUGUGCCUCCCAGUGCUCAGAAUGAGACACGUUCUCCCUCCAGAACAUACACUUACAUCUCCAGAUAACAGUCUGCACUUUUACCCACUUCAGGGUUUCCUAGUCUUGAACUACUGGCUACAUGGCUACCAGAUGCCUAAGUGAGUUCGUUCACAGCUGAGUUAUGAAGCUGGAAUUGGUUCUAGACGCUGGGUAGAUGCAAAGCAGCCUCACUCUUCAAGCACCGACCUUUCUCACCGCCGAUCUUGGCUCUACUUGAAGGAUUCCCUAGCCUCACUGACUUCAAGUAGGACAGAAGCCCUUUUCCUAACCCAUCAGUGAAAAAAAACAAACUAACGCUUCAAAUGUACAUUGUUCAUAUGAAAAGAAUUUUCGGUCUGUUUUGCAGAAGUAAACUGGCCGCCAAGAGAAGACUCAGCUUCUAAUUUAUAUUGCUUUGCACUUUGGUCUGAUACUAAGAAACAACAUUCUUCAGUGAAAUUUUGGGUGCCAAACACCUACCCAGAAUGUUGAGGGCUUUCCUUUUCAGAAGUUAGCAUUCUCCUUUUGACCGUCCAAGUCAUUACAAAUUCUGACUUGUAUUAGGAAUAUGUUGGACAGUGGAAAAAAUCUCUCUGGACUAUUUCAGUUAUGUCUUUUGAUUACACUUCCUUUCUGUACCAAUUUCUUUUAAUUUAAAGAACUCUAAGCCAGUUAUAUUAUCUCUCCACAGAUAAUAUAGCUAUUUUCUUUUUAUUAACUGUCCUCUGUCCCCAACUAUCUUCUGAUACUUGGUAGAGUGACAUCUUUCUUUGUGUGCUUACCUUCUAAUUUAAAAUACUGUGUCCACAUGUAGAUACAAUGUACAUAGCAGUUUCACCUCAAGAUGGCUGGAGUCGGCCCUAUGCCCCAGACACUAAUGCAGUGUGCUCGUACUUAAGCACAGUCUGGUCUUGGGAGCCUGACAACAGGGUUGAUGGGGAUUACCUAGGACCCUUCCUGCAGUAUUCAUGUGGUGUUUUCAUUUUGUCACUGUCAUUGUGUGUGUAUGGUAUGUGUAUUUUUAAUGGAAAUCUUGUUUUAAAAUGUAACUUCUAAAGUUUAACACAAAAAUGUUCUAUUUGUCAUGCAGUAUAUGCAAUAGGAGGAACCUUAAGUUUUUGUUGUUCUUUUCCUUCUAAGUAAAGGUGGUCAUUUCCCACCAUGUUGGUUUGGCUUUGCCAUCAGUCAUCCCUCUGUUCCAUAGUGCCCCCAAGAAAGGGAGAGAACAAGAAGGCCCUGUUAUGGGUCUCACUGGCUCUUGGUAGUUGGGAGCUGGUGGGUUGGAGCCUGCAGAGCAGGUCAGCUGGUGGUCUAGUGCCCACGCUGAGGGCAGGCUGCCCCAGAGUGGCACAAAGCUUCAGGCCUAAGUCCCUGCCCAGUCAGGUCUGGUGCCAGCCACUGUUGUGACAUCAGUUAGGUGCCCUGCAGUCCAAGUGAGACUGGCACUGCUCAAUGGACAACCAAUGUCACAUUGGUUGUGUAUAGAAAGAACACCCAGUUUCCUUCUUCCAAUAUUAGGUAUUAAUUUGACCCCCCUCUCUUGCUUCCAAAGAUCAAGGAAUGUCAAUGUUAUUUUAAAGGACCAAUGGGCCACCUUGUGAACAAGACCCCUUCCCUAGGAUUCCUCUGCUGCUGCAGGGAGGCCCCUUACUGUCCUGGCCUUGAGAAUGGUGUGAGGAUCAAUGAGUGUGUGUAUAUGAUGUGUUUAUUGGGUCAGCUUUGCUUGUUAGUUUUUCUUUUGUCUUUAUUCAGUACAUACUUCUCAUUUGUUACUAAAUUAAUUUUGUUAUUGAGAGGUUGUGUCUCAAAGUGUAAAAGAAAGAAAUCUCCAUUCAUAAGGUGGAUGCAGUCCCUGGAAGGUGGUUGUGACAGUGAGACUACUUUUCAAGGAACAGCACUGCAAUCAGACUGUCAGGGAGAGCCCGGCAGGGAAGGAGAGGAAGGGGGAAGAAAGUGUUGAGCGAAUGGGGGUUUUGUUGCUUUUGCAUGUUUAAUACAGAAGUUCCUCUUGGUCCUUGGGAAAUCAUGGCCUUUGAAUAUACACACAAACUUAGAAUUGUGCCUACUAAAUUAUAGCAGGGGACUUUGGGCACCCAAGGACUUCCAACUUUCUGGGAUUAUGGUAGUAAUUCCCAGCCAUACUCUGAACUUUAUUUUGCUAACCAUAAUUGAGCAACUGUAAAUUACUGCUAUAUUAAUGUUUUAAAGCACUGGGAUAGUCUACUUCUAACUUGUAAUUAAUUAUGUUUGCCAAUUAUCUGUUUGAAAUAAAUUUGUGUCUGAACAGCUAUUGAAACUGUUAAGUUGUACAGAUAUUAUUCAUGACAGCUUUGUACUGUGGAAUGUGCUUAAUAAAAAAGCAAAAAGUUUGACCUUUGUCCAGUAAAUUGCUAAGUCAUGUCAAUAAAUCAAAAGUGAGUAAAAUGCAGCACACAUACCUGGCUUCAUGCGAUUGUUACUCUAGCUACUAGUUCAAAGCCAAUGCUCUUAAUAAAAUGUUGAAAUACUCUAAAA